AUUUGAGACUGUCAUCAGAUCAAUCCAAGAUAGAACAUGACUCCAUAGGGUCAAAAAUAUGCAAAAUGGAACGAGAAAAACAAGAAAUUGCGCACAGAGCCUUACGAAAUAUAAUUGAGACUCAAAUCAAUAGCGCACAGCUAGUAUGAGAAAGCUAUAAUUAGCAAGAUGGAGGACAGAUGACAUGGAGCACUACGAGACGAGGUGCUCGCAUUGAAGGAGAAUGGAUUGUGAAAAGUGAUCCUCCUAACAGGCAGUCAUUCAUCCCAUCCAAGCUGGGUGCUCAAAGAACACCAUUAACACGGGAUGGGAAAUUUAUUUUUUGUUUAAUAUAUACUUCUAUCGGUGCAAUUAAGUGAUCCAAAACGAGAUUAAUGGCGUUGAUUUUACAUUUACCUUUGCUGCUAUUUCAGAGUACGCUCUGAUAAAUUGGUCUUCUCGGUACCGUAAGAUAUAUCUACGAGGCACGGCAAUAUUCCAAAUGCAUACGUCAAUGCAAAGACAAUAGUGUUUGGAAUUUUACUUACCUAUUUAGCAAAACAUAUUUAAUUCCAACAUGGAGGUUCAUAGGGAAAAUGUUACGGAUAGGAGCAACUGAUGAUAAACGUUGUAUAAAUAUCAUCAAGCAGGAGCACGCUUCUGCAAUGUGCACUUGUGAUAUUUGGAUUUUGCGAUGCAUUUUGGAUAUGUGUGCUGCACUGCGACCGUCCAGGAAGUGAGAAGUUAUCACGAUGACGUUGGCGGACUGUUACGUCGUCAAAGCUUGAUCUACUCUACGCUUUCCCCACAGAAAUGAAAUUACUGCCGGUCUAUUUUUCUGAGAGUUAAGGUUACUCCUGUGUUGUGUGUGUGUCGAGCUGUAAGAAGACUUGGGUUUUGCAUUGGAUCAACAUGGGACAUAAAUGAGCGUUUUGAUUCAUAUGGACUGAUAUAUCUGAGCGCAGUGAGGCUUUUGGAUAAAACCAAGAGCGAUGAAAACUACGAAGGUAUAUAGCUGCCGAUUAAUGUGGUCACGGGUGAUCCGACGGUGCAAAUAUUUCAGAGUGUGGCGGGCAGUUUUUCGUGAAUUGCAAAAUGCACGCAACCGCCGAUCAACUUGCAGAUAUUCAAGCAACAGAAAAUCCAAUCAUGAACGAUGCAUUAUAGGAAACCUGCGAAAAUAACACAAAGGUGCCUGGUAAAGUAUGAGUAAGCGUCAGGUGAUCUACGUAGGUAGCAGAAAAUUUGCUGAACUGACGCUAAAUGAAUGAUUGGUGCUGGUUUUCACCGCGGCACAAUAGAUAACUUAACUAGCGCUUAGCAUAUCCAGAAUUUAUGACGAAACCGUGGUUCUGUCGCUGAAGGAUGGCUAGCGCCGUCAAAGGUUGGCAACAAGGGUAACAAGCUGUACGACCGUGCACUAAAAAUCCCUUUUGGGUGACGCUGCCUACGAAAGCCGAUGUCGCUUGUUGGACGGCACUCGACUGAAAAAAAUAUUUUUAAUCAGCAUGAUCAUCAACUGCAUGAAAUUCGAUUAUGCGAUCUAGUUUCCUUAGCGUAACUAGUAUUAUCUGAUGCGAUCUUGACGUAGACACAGGUUUUGAAAUCACUCACCAAAUACCCCUUUUGGACUCACAUUACAAGCCACAGACUACAUUGCUCUCACCUGGAUCAUUCACAAGGCUUUAGCGCUUCGAAAGUUCCCGCAGAAAAACUGUGUGAGUUAAAGCUCCUGCUUCCGUUAUCGUUAUCGUUAUCGUUAUCUUAAGCGGAUAGUGAGCUCAACAAACCCACUAGAUUACAAUUUUCACAAAAUGAAACGCCGUCGAAAGUUCUUUUCUGAAUUAGUUACGGAUGAUCAUGACUCGACACGUCGCCAAGGAGAGCGCGAUUACUGUAUCCGGCUUCAAAAUGUUCCCUCUCGAAAGUAAUGCAUGAGAAUUUUCAGCAACUUACCGAGACUCCAUUAACCAAUGCGACUUCUUGUCAAGCUUCACCGCUCGUCUUCAAAAUUAAUCCCCCCAACGCUUAAACAGGCAUCGCACUUACGACCACAUUUGCGUGAGCUACUCCCACCGUACCGAGUAGCGAAUAAUGCCAAAAAAAUAAUUGUCGGAUCGACCCCAAUUUGCUCAGCAAGCAAAAGUGCACAAAGAUUUUUGCUAGAUAGCUAAAUUCUGAAUACAGGUAGCUGUGGAUGUGAUCGACCUGAUACAACAAAAGACUCUCGCCGCGUCUCCAAGUGCAGCCUUAACACAUAUGUGUGAGUACUCACAACUCAUUUUCAAAGCGUAAGAGAAAUAUGAUCGUUUUUCUGAUCCAAAUGUCAAAAGUACCGUUUACGGCAAGAUUAGCAGUGAUUACAAUAAUUAAUGCCCCGAUGGGAACCAUACGGUUUAGACUGCGGCAUGGUGGCAGUGUCGGCGUGAAAAUUUGAUAUACAUCCCACACGCCCAAUGUCCUCAAUAAUGGGAUUACCACCCUUUGCCCUGGGAGUAGCUUUAUAAGCUCGGUAAUCUCACCGUUUUAAAACUUCGUGAAUACAUCCAUCGGAUGACUCGCCAAGCUCAACGAUUUUACUCUUCGGAAGUGACGUACGACUAGCAACACAUAGGACUACCUCAAUUAGUUUUAAACUUUCAUGCCACAAAUCUGUUGAGCGUCACUGCUCGGCACAAUGGGUACACUGAGCUGUUCCAACUCACUGCGGCAAGUCUGGACCAUCAAGAUUACAUCUUGGUUCUACCAUUUACCUUUCGAUAUAUAUACCCAAAUAUGACAAUUGCGGCAAGUUUGUGACAAGCCGCGACGAGCCGCCUCCGCGUGGACGACAUGGGAGACUGUGGCACAAAGUCGCUUAAUUUCAUAUAAUUAGGGGGAAAAUCAUUGAAAUUCAUUCCACAUCGCCUCAACCAAUGUAAGCGCUAGCGACAGCCGCUAUUCCAGUCGCAUCUGAAGACCAGAGCUUAAG